AUGGCUGACAAGCCCGGCAUCUUGUUUGUUUGCGUCCACAACGCCGGUCGCUCCCAAAUGGCCGCGGGCUACCUUACUCACCUUGCUGGCGACGCUAUUGAAGUCCGCUCCGCCGGCUCAGUCCCAGCCGACUCUGUCAAUCCUAUCGUCGUCGAAGCUAUGCGCGAAGAAGGUAUCGACCUUACCAAUCAGAAACCUAAGAUCCUCAAUGCCGACGCUGUCCAAGCUAGCGAUGUUGUAAUCACCAUGGGGUGUGGGGACACCUGUCCCUUCUUCCCCGGCAAGCGCUACAUCGACUGGCAACUUGACGACCCUGCCGGGCAAGGCCUUGAUGCUGUCCGUCUAAUUCGCAACCAAAUCCGUUGUCGCGUUGAGAGACUUAUUACUGAACUCCAGCUGUUUAGUUGA